GCUUUGGCCUUGUUGUGCUCAUGAUGCGGCCAGUUUGACAGCAGAAUAAUAAGAAGAUGAGAAAAGUUGCCAUCCGGCAGGCAGUGCUCGUGUAAUCCUUCCUCCCCGCCACGCAUGCGAGUCUAUUCCAGAUCGGGAAGCUGUUGCGAAGCACUGCGCCUCUGGGCACCGCCCAUUGACCGCAUGAAUAAAGGGCUGUCUUACCUAUAUCGACCAUUCGUAUAGGAUCCCUUGAAGUUGAAAAACUGGUAGCCUGAUACUGGCGAUUAUAGCAACCAAUGCGAGGCACAACCGUCGACAUCCUAGAUUAAGGUAUAUAUACCACUUCUGAAUCGUCUCGUCGCAUCAGCGCCCACUGCCGAGACCCAUCCAUAAUUAAUCGCCGAGCAUAAAUCUCGGCGACUUUCCAUCCUUCCUCGCAAGAUAACGACGUCCAUCUCACUACACAUCUCAAUUCAAGAGUUUUACCAUAAUGGGAAAAUCAAAAUCAGCAACCACCAACACCACAACACUGACCAAUGCCUCGCCCACCAUCCGCCGCUCCGCACUGACCGAGUGCUCUCUGUCCCACCUCACUCCCUCGGACUAUAUCGCCCGGAGCGUCCUCACGGCUGUCACCAUCACCGGUGUGGGUGGCAUCGACAGAACCACAGCCUCAACCUCGGCGUCAACUUCCGCCCCAGCCUGUUCAUCCAAUCCAUCAGCAACGAGCAUCAGCCGCUCCACCUGCACCAGCUGCACCAUCGCACACUCCCACCUGCAUCACUGCAUCUUCGCCAACUGCACCCUCACCAACGUCUCCUCCAGCAAAUUCGUGCAAGCCGACCACUGCACUCUAGAGAAUGUCAUCUCGCUCCGGAGAUGCACCCUCAGCGACUCGAUCAUCGGCGAGUGGUCGUGGAUGACGCGCUGCGAGGUGAGAGCCUCGAAGAUCGGAGGCGGGAGUGCUCUGCGGCGGAGUACCAUCGGCGACUGUCGCGUGACGGGCAGCCGGUUGAAGAAGGCAAGGCUCGUGAACUGCGAGGUGGAAGGGUGUGUGAUUGUCAAUACUGAUCUGAAGGGGAUGGUGGUCAAGAAUGGGGUGUGGAAGAAUGGAAGCUUGGUGGGCAGGGUCGACCAGAGUAAGGAUGUGGUGGUUGUGAGCAGGGAUGGGAUGAAGGAUAAGAUUGAUAACGCGGUCGGAACGAAGGGAAUCGUAGCUGAGAAAAGGAGCAUGGAAAGGGACCUGGUUGAAAGUAGUGAUGACGAUGCUGAAAUUGAAGGUUGGGAAAGAAAUGGCCAACGACAAAUCUGUGAACUUCAAGGGACAGAGCCGCCACCCCCUUAUACAGCUUGACGAGGCUAUUGAGAUCGUUGGACCACGCUGGACGGGCUAUAAGCGACUUGGCAGCCACUGGCUGGAGCAGGGCUUCUUUCUAGCAGAGUAAUGACUACCAACUUGGGUAUUGUUCAGUCUUCAAAAGCACGAUUCUUGGAUUUCAUUGCCAGAAACUACUCAUUCAAAGCCCCGAUACCUCGUUUCAUCACCUCAGGUAGUCCACGGUGACCGCCUCAUUUAAAUGGCCC